AGCUCUGGAAGUUGAGAAGGAGGAGAAGAGAAAAAUAAGUUGCUGCUUUAAGAAAGAGAGGAGAGAUAGAGAGAGGGUUAGGAUCAGCGAGCUGCGCAACUUUGUUUCCCCCCCCCUCCCCUCCUCUCUCUCUCUCUCUCUCUUGCAUGGGCUCCUAAUUUGGGAUUUGUUUAAAAGCGGGACUGCGCCUCAAGAAGACUUUUCCUGGCUGGGGAAAGGGAACCCUGCUCCCUCGCUCUCGCAUUAUACACACCCGCACAUACUCACUUGCUCCCCAACAUGUCUGACUCCACUGUCAACGCUCACUUGGAAGGGAUCCUAUCAGACUUUGAAGCGCUGAAGCGGUCAUUUGAGGUGGAGGAGACGGAUCCAUCCACACACUCUUCCCCCCUGACUCGUCGGAACACCAACCCCCUCCGCUCAUCGACCUCCUCCACAUCCAGCCAGCGGAGCUACGACAUGAGCUCCCGCAACUCCGACUACUCCUCUUCCAGAUCCUCCCCCUCCGAGUCCUCCAAUCCACGCUCCCCAAAGACCGGCAUGAGGCGCAUUGAGUUAUCAGGGGGUCGUAACCCUGAGGCCGCCUCAUCCCGCCGCACGGAAAUGUCCAUCGAGGUUUCCUCUAAGCAGAUUGACAACUCAACCAGUGCUGGCAUUGCCCGCUUUGGUCUUAAGCGCCCCGAGGUCAGUUUGAGCAGUCGGAGUACUCCACUGGACAGCUCCUCCACCUCCACCUCCACCUCUAGCUCCACAAACAGGCGGGCAGAGCUCAGCGUGACACGGCCCCAUGAGCCCCCUGCCCCUCCCAAGAGGAUGGACGCCCAGCUGUCCUCACCCCCAAUCUCAAGGAUCCCUGAGCCCCCUCAGAGAAGAGCAGAGCCCCCGUCCCAGAUCACCGGCCCGGUUGAGGGGACCUCAAUGAGGCCAGAGAUGCCUGUCUUCAGGCAGCCGGACGGUGUGCUGCCAAGCAGUGCAGUGGAGAACAACAACAACACCAACAACCACCCGCCUCCUGCGCCCAGUGCUCCCCUGCCUUCCCUGAGUGAGCCAAGGGUGGAGAGGAUGCAGUCACCGGUCACAGAGCCACCCACAGCCCGACCAACAGAGAGGCCACAGGUGAUUCCCAGCUACAGCAGCAGUGCCAUGUCUCAGGCGGUGGUGCCUGACGCCAUGGUGUCCCCAGCAGUGGGUGGGCCGUACGGGGAGAAGGCCGGUGGCCCCGGGUUGGACUUCAGUUACGUGGGCAUCGACGCUAUUCUGGAGCAGAUGAGGAGGAAGGCCAUGAAGCAGGGUUUUGAGCUCAACAUUAUGGUUGUGGGACAGAGUGGCCUGGGAAAGUCCACUCUGAUGAACACGCUGUUCAAGUCCAAAGUGAGCCGCAAGUCAGUGCUGGCCACAGCCCAGGAGAAGUUCCCCAAAACAAUCGAAAUAAAGUCAAUCAGUCAUGACAUCGAGGAGAAAGGAGUGAGAAUGAAGCUGACGGUCAUUGACACACCAGGUUUUGGAGACCAGAUCAACAAUGAGAACUGUUGGCGGCCCAUCAUGAAGUUCAUUCACGACCAGUACGAGGCGUACCUGCAGGAGGAGAUCAACAUCGACAGGAAGAAAAGGAUUCCAGACUCCAGAGUCCACUGCUGCAUAUACUUCAUCCCCCCGACCGGACACUGUCUGCGGCCUCUUGAUGUAGAGUUCAUGAGACGUCUCAGUAAGGUGGUCAACAUUGUCCCAGUCAUUGCCAAAGCAGAUACGCUCACCCUGGAGGAGAGGGACUUCUUCAAAAAGAAGAUCAGAGAAGAGCUGCGAGCCAACGGGAUUGACGUGUACCCUCAGAAGGAAUUUGACGAGGAUGCCGAGGACAGAAUGAUCAACGAGAAGAUCCGGGAGAUGAUCCCGUUUGCUGUGGUGGGCAGCGACCAGGAGUACCAGGUGAACGGCCGGAGGCUGCUGGGGAGGAAGACCAAGUGGGGAACCAUUGAAGUUGAGAACGUAGCCCACUGUGAGUUUGCCUAUCUACGGGAUCUACUCAUCAGGACCCAUAUGCAGAACAUUAAGGACAUCACCAGCAGCAUCCACUAUGAAAUGUACCGCGUGCGGCGCCUUAAUGAGAAUAACACGGUGGUGGCUCAUGCCAACGGUAUGCCGCAGCAUCAUCUCGCCGCCCACGAGAUGUAGACGCCGCUGCAUCACUGCGUUCAACCUCAGCUGUGUGUAAUUACUUUGCUCUGAGACUUUGACCUGCAUUGACGGUCUCCCACCACCUCCAUCUCACAGGUGGGAUAGAAACCUAAGAGCCGGCCCGUGGGACUUUACUUUCAAUGGCUGUCGGCGGCUGAAUGGAGUGUUCAUGUCGGUUUAUUGCCUCACUAACCAAAACUAUCCUCUCACUGUCGCUGACGAGGAGAGUGAAGAGAAGUUUGAUUCUUCUUCAUGUGCUGCAUCUAGAUUUUAUCUGCUUCCAGAUCUUACGGUUAACUUGAGUUGGUUUUUCCUUGUGGUGCCAAACAUUAAGGCAUCGGCCAAACAGAAGCCACUUACACUUAAUAUCUUCCAUUGCCCGAGUUGCCUUAACCAGACACAUGUUAAUCUCCUCAACUUUUACUUUUAAUGUUUUAUUUUUGGGGGUUUUCAGCAGUGCUAAUAAUUAAUUUUUGCACUGGGUCACUACAUUGUCUGCAUGUUGGAACAGUCAUGUCUGUCUGGUGCAGCAUCAGUCAGCUCCCUCCCAGAGGUAAACACUAGAGGGUUAUCAACGAGCAUACGUUUGUUUCUUUUUGUGUCACAAGCUGUGUUUGGCUUUAACCGUUUGUUAAAUGUUAACUUGGGAUGUUGGCAUCCUUUUUAAAUUCCCAUUCAUGUCAUUGUUUAUUAAUAGAAAUAUCUUAAGAGUGAUUUAAGAUCAAUAAGUAUUUAUGCAUGAUAUAAAAUGUGAAAGUUUAUCAUCAAUUGUGGUCCACUUAUCAGAUUAUUCCCACACAAAUGCACAUAACGCUCACACACACACACACACACACACACACACUUUUCCUGCUUUUGGGCCCAUCCUAGUGCCUUAUUUAUUGGAGAACGUUUGCUAGCAUUUUGGCUGAAACUGGAGAGAGCAUGUUUGUUGGUGCCAAGUUGACUACAUGUGGUUAUUUGGCAAUCUUCUUUUUCUUGUUUAUCUCCAGUCUUCCAAUGACCAGCCCACUUUUUCGUCUAUUUCUCAUGAUAUACCAAGGAUCUUUAUAAAUUUGAACCAUAUAUAUUUCCCUAAACUGUCACUGUCAUGCUCUGUGCUGUAUAUUCUUCUGUGUUCUCAUACAUUUUUUGUACUUGUAUUAUUGAUAAUAACAAAUGUUCUUUUAUCUUAUUUUAAAGAAAUAAAAAUUAAAGUUGUAAAUAUGAAA